AUGAAUGAAGACAUACAGGACGCGGACACCAGCUUGGCGGGCAUGAUAGGGCGCGCGAAGGCGGCCGCUCGUGAACUCAUGACAUUCCUUACCCCACAGACGGAGGGCUCGCAUACUUCAUACGCCGUUCUCUCGCGCGUCGCCGAGAGCUUGGAGGAAUGCGAACGUGAAGCCGCGAACAUCAAUGAAAAUCCUCGAUUCAUGCAGGCUACCGCCUGGGAUCUUGCGGACGAUAUAGACGCGCUGCGCGAUCAGUUACUAACCAUGGGCCGUCGACUGCAGCUACCAGGGCUCGAGGAACCUGCUAUUGAGCGCACAUUCCUCGCGCCGUGCAGCAAAAGCAUGGAGAGCGCACUCGAGAAGAUGGAAAACCUGGCGGCGAAGACAUCGGAACUUCGGGCCGCUCUACAUGCGAGUUAUGAACGCGAGGAUGAGCUCCGAGCAUCGGUGUGCGCUCAUCGAAGAGAAAAUGUGGGCUUGGAGGCUAGUCAACUCGCUGCCCAAGGGAUAGCCAGCCGUCUUCAACGGCAAGCUGAAUCCGUCGACGAAGCCAAGCGUAAACUUCAACAAACUAUUGACGAACAACAACGGCAUCUGGUAUGCGUUACGGAGGAGAAGGAGGCAAUAGUCCGCGACGGCCAACAGACCAGCGAGACACAAGAUCUAGAGGCGAAGACGAGGGACUGCAGACAGUCCCAUGCCUUGGAGAGAGCCCAACUACAGGGUGAACUAGAACAAGCACGCGAGGUGUUGAACGAUAUCAGAAAUGUUCCACAGGAUUUGACUGAACUGCAACGGGAAGCUGCGGCUACACACGCCGAAGUAGAGAGGCUCAUGAACCAGCUCACGGAGCUCACGGACUACAAUUUGGCGCUCGAACGCAGGCUGUCAAGCCUCAACACUCCCCGCGGGGAGAUGCUGGAUGAUUCCGGGCGGGACCUUCGCGCAACCGAGCACACUCGUGGCUCUCCGAUGGAACUUGCACAGACCGAGGAAGCUCUGGCUUCAGCAUUCGGUUCGGGAGAGUUCGAUGUCUCCCCUCGCAGCCAGGCCAGUGCAGCGUCGACUACGGAAGGCAAAGGACCAGGGCGCAGCCCAACCUCGUAUGACCAACGGCGAUCAGCUCGGCGAAGGUUGAGCCCGUAUUCGCGUCCAUCAAACGGACCGGGCAGUUCUGAUGACAGCGACGAUGGCCAGACCGAGUCGUUGCCUCCAGCAAGCCCCACACCCAUGCACAGAAGCAAGAGAAGUGGCCCUGCUACCGGUCGAUUCCAUGUAGGCCUCGAGGGGGACGGCAACGCCAAGUCCUCGCCUUUCCUUCGCAAGCAGGCGCGACAACGUCUAAUCCCUGGCCUGCCAUUUUCUUUUGAGGAAGUCAAUACCAAUCUGAAUCGGCUGGUCACGAUGGUAUUCAAGAAGGCCUUCAAGGUUCGCUUUCUGAACGCAAUCAGAGAAUUGCCAGGUGUUAGUGACGAGCGGCUUUCGCUGUUCGAAUCAAACCCCGCGCGAUACGGUCCGGAUGUGCAUAACCUUCAGCUAGACACAACAUUCCGCGCAUCUACAACGUUAAUGAAGAAUUCCCCGUGGAAUAUGCUUGCGACCCAAAGGCUUGUGGAUCUCGUCUUCGACACCAUCUCCAAUGACACUACAGGCUGCUACGGAUCAGCCGAUGUCGACUUGGUCUCACAGAAAGUCGAAGACCGACUUGGUCGGCAGUAUCGAGGCAUCGCGGAGGCGACACCCAUUGGUGACGAAACGUGGGACGAGGUCGUGGAACGAUGUCUGGACAAUCACACCAAUUACAACAAGCACUGCCGAUCUGUCAUGGCCAGGAACUACAUCGCUAGUAUAAUGCGCGAGAAAGCCGAGAUGUCUGGGGCUGACGAGCAGCUUGACCAUUGGUCCUACGUUCUGAGGUCGCUUGAACAGCUGAACUACGAGGGGAUGUCGGACGAAGAGAGCGACACCGAGGAGGUUGUGUUUCCAGGGGGCGUUGUAGCGGAGCAACCAUGCAGGAGGGUCCUCGAGAUGCGCUGGCGCCACCCUUCUUUUAAGGAGGUUUUCGACGACGUCGAUCAGACUCCGGCGCAAUUCCCCGACAUCUUCAACAAGCUCGCGCUGAAGAACAGGAUACGCCGGGUGAGGGUAGCACAGACGAGCGAGCGAGCGCCGCCAAAAAAGUUGAGCAUAGCGCUGUUUGAUCCCUCGUACUUGGAAGAGAUAGGGCCCGCAGGCAUUAUUGCCCUUGGUAUCAACGAGGACGAUGAUACAAGAACUGACGAAGAAGGGCAGGGACAGGAGGAUGAAGGGGAAGAAGACUAUGACUGGGAUUGA